CUCAUCGCAUUUCACCCUAAAUAAGCGGUCGAAACGAAUCCUAUAUACAUUCAACUGUGAUGUUCUCACGUGACGAUGAAGUUCCAGUUCAUCGACAAUGACUCUACCCAGAAGCCUGGUGCCCGCAAGGCGAUACGAAGUCAUGUUAUGAAGGGCAAGAAUCUUGGUCGUACAAUACAAGGUCGUGGGAAGAGGCAUGCUGCACCUCAAUUGAAUGACUUGUACAAGGGUCCAGACCAAUCGAAGAAAGAUUUUGGCGUAGAGGAAGGAACCAAGAGCCUCGACGGUGCUGUCGAUAACGAUGGCAAUGCCUUAUUGUUCCCAGAAAUCGCAGACUCAGACACAGACAGAGACACAGACACUACAUACUCUAUCAACAAUCCAUACUCAGGAAAAGAGUAUACGUACUUCUCAUUCCCGGUUCAGUUCACUCCGUCCAUGCGAUACUAUGUCUACGAAUUCCAUACUGCGAUCUGCAACAUCAUAUAUCCGUACGCCUUCUGUAGACCUACAGAUGAGAUUGGCUCACCAUGGUUCAGGUACAUGGUAGCAGACCAGGCUUGCCUGCACUGUCUUCUCGCCAUGGCAGCGACGUAUCUCAACGUCCUACGGAACAUCCCAACCCCCAGUCUCGAAAGCAUCGAAGCAACUCGUCACUUCUCCCAAGCCCUUCGCCUCAUGAACCCUCGACUCUCUCAACCAGCCUCUGCUCAGAAAGACUCCAACAUUGCUAUAAUAAUCUCACUCGCAAUCCACUCAAACAUAACUCAAAACCUCACCGCCAGCACCAUGCAUCUUCAAGGCCUUGAGAACCUCCUCACUUUCCGGCCCGGCGGCAUCUCCGACAUACGCGAGUGCAACCGCGCACUACUCCACAAGAUCUGCCGCACCGACAUCGAACUCGCGGUUGCGCAGGGCACACGCACACGCUUCGGUAACGCGGGACUCACAGCAGCAGCGGCAGGGCCGAUAUCUGCUCGGAAUCCCCCAUAUCCGUUGAACCAGAUGAGUGAAUUGUUGCGGCAGAUCACACGUGAACUGCUGGCGCUGUGCCGAAGACCCGGGAAGGCAAAGAUGUCGGGUCUGCAGUACCAGGAUGUGCUUAUCUCGAUGUGGCAGAGACUGGUCGACUUUGCACCGCUGAGUGGCACGAGGCCACAAGAUCUGAUGGAUGAUGUGUGGCAGCUGGCCUUGUUAGCGUUCUUGGUUACCGUCACAUGGUCUGCGAGUUAUCUUAAGAGUGUACACUGUAAGCUCUUGCACAAGCUGCUUAGGGAGCAUAUCAAGAGCCGUGCACUACUGGCGAAGGGAGAAGAGUAUCUGCCUUUGUGGUUUUGGAUAGUGUUUGUGUAUGGGCUUUCGUUGACGAAUGGGGAUUGCGAUACACUUGUCUUGGGUGAAACUCGCGAGGCUUCAAACCUAUUGGAGAUAAGGAUCUGGGAGGAGGCGAGGGCUAAAGUGAAGCCGUUUCCGUGGAUCGGCAUUGUCCACAAUGUUCCUGGAAGGGCUUUAUGGGAAGCAGCUGUGGUCACUGUUCCGCCUCAACCUUCUACUGUGAUAGACUAGACCUUCAACUAGGUAAAUAGAGAGGGCUGGGGAUGAUCGAGCCUUGCAUUGAUAGUUAUUGCCCCAAGCCUCAGAGACGUCCAAGACGCCCGGCCGCGUUUCAUGUACCAUUUCAACGAG